AUGGGGAAGUCCUCUCCUCCCACCUCUCCCGCCUCCUCUUCUUCCUCAUCUGCUUCUCCUUCUUCCUGCCUAUCUGCUCCCCCCUCUGGUUUCGACACCAGCAAGCCCAAGCUCAAACGCUCCAAGGAAGGCGGCCACUUGGAGAGGAGUCUUUGGGGAAAUGGCAACGGCCGGAGGAGCUCCAUGUACAGAGGAGUCACCAGGUGAGAGAAAACCAGCGUCUCUUCCUCCCGAAUAUUUCCAUUCCUUCUCCCCCCCUCCCCCUGCGAAGUCUGAGAUUUGUGAUGCAUGUAGGCACAGGUGGACGGGGAGGUACGAAGCUCACCUCUGGGACAAGAAGUGUUGGAACCCAAUUACCAAGAAGAAGGGGAGACAAGGUGAGAUGAGCAGAUAGCGAUAACCAGAUCACCACUCAUGCCGGCAUUGCGAUGGUCUUCUCCCCUAAUAUGGAUACCAUGCUCAACGUAUCUGCAUCUCGAUGGAUUUUCCUCCCCCGUCUUCCAUUUCUUGGCCUGAUGACGGUCUGCAUCUUGUCGAUUCUUGGUGGUGGCAUGCAAUCAAUGACUUCGAUCGGUGCGUCGUCUCCUUCCUCGUCAUCCUCCUGGGGCUAGUCUACCUGGGUGAGUUGAAGAUCCUUCACCCCUUCUGAAUCGAGAUUCACGACCAUCUCCGUUCCCUUCACCGGUGGCCGCCUGACUGUUGCAGGAGCGUACGACGACGAGGAAGCCGCCGCCCGGACCUACGAUCUCGCUGCUCUCAAAUAUUGGGGCCCGGAUACCGUAUUGAACUUCCCGGUGAGCCCACUUCUCCCUUCUCGUCCUCCAUUUUCCCCCCCCAAUCUACAAGACGCCGGUUCUGCAAAAUGCAGAUGAACACAUACGCGAAGGAGUUCGAGGAGAUGCAGGCGGUGUCCAAGGAGGAGUACCUCGCCUCCCUCCGACGGAGCAGCAGCGGCUUCUCCCGAGGGGUCUCCAAGUACCGUGGCGUUGCCAGGUAGCAUUCAUCUGCUACCUGUCUCUCUCUCAUCAUCCUCUUUGCUGUUCACAGGGAGACCCCAAGCUUGUGACAAGAGGGGGGUAAAAAAGAAAGCUUGCCCAAUUCGAUUCCUUUGGUAUUUAUUUAAUAUCUGACGCCGGCGCUAUGACUGCAGGCACCACCACAACGGGCGGUGGGAGGCGAGGAUCGGCCGCGUGCUCGGGAACAAGUACCUCUACUUGGGCACCUUCGGUGCGAUCCGCCCUCCGCCCUUCUCUCCUUCUUCCUCUCUUCCUCCUCUUCAGGCGGGCCUGUGUGGAAUUCUCUCCGCCGGAGUAGAGGCGGAAGAGAAGGCCUCUUCCCUGCGACAUAACUACUCCUGCAUGUGCGGCGCAGGCACGCAGGAGGAGGCGGCGCGGGCGUAUGACAGGGCGGCGAUAGAAUACCGCGGGGUGAAUGCGGUUACCAACUUUGACAUCAGCUGUUACCUGAACGACGGCCGACAGCCGCUGCAUCAGGAGCAGCAGAGAGAACUCCAGCUCCAUCUGUCGGAGGAGCCUCUCGCCGGAAAUGUCUCCGGCGAUGGCGGUGCCUUUCCUGAGAGAUACCAGGAGGAGCCUCCCCAGCUGGUCGACGUCGGCCUUCCGGCCGUCGGCGACCCCGCCGGGGACCACCCAUGGGGCCUCCCUCUCGAACCCAUCUUCGAGCCGUACCCUUCCGCCGUCUCCCCCUUCGGCGAGUACGGCGACUUGGAAGGGCUCUCCGGCACCACCGCCUUCGAAGACAACAUCGAGUGCUUCUUCGAGGAGCUUGAGGCCCAGGGCAAGAAGGAAGGCGGCGGCGGUGGUGGCGACGCCGCCGGCGACAACGGCGGCGGAGGCUACUCCGGCGACUCCUCCUCCUCCUCCUCCUCCAUCAGCUCGAGCUCCUACGCUUUGCCGCUCAGCAUCUGCUCCUGA